AUGUCUUCAGUAGAACCGAAUCAACCCAAUGAUUCAAACACGAUUAAUGAUACCGCCAAUUCUGCAGUUAACUAUAACAAGAGACAAAUUAAAUUUACAUCUCCAAUGUGGCGUCAUUUCACCUAUGAAGAAAUUAAUGGAACCAAAAAGGUUGUUUACAUAUUAGUCAUUCCUAUCUCCACUAUUGCUUCAGAGUCUUCUUUUUCUACAAGUGGUAGAAUCGUUGGUCCACAUAGGAGUAGACUUCUUCCGUCGACAAUUGAAGUUAUCAUAUGCACUAAAAAUUGGCUAUGGGCGGGUUGUGUUAUUGAUGGUGAUGAUGUACAUUUAGAUGAAGACGACGAGGAACUUGAGGUAAGAUUGUUCAAUUUAUCGUUUUGUAUUGAAUAA